AUGCCUCUCACCAUGGACCAAAUUCCACCUUAUGAGUACAACAAAUAUGUGUUUGCCACAAGAUGUGCCGUUCUCACUUGCUCUGCUCUUGAGCUGAUGAUGGUUGUUCUCGGCUCACUGGGUGACAGUAAUGUCCUUGCCAAACUCUUCUAUCUCAUCUUCAUUGGAGCAUCAGUUUCUGUUUCUGCGUACAACAUUCACAUGUCAACCGACGGACGGGAUGAGAUCAAAAAAGUAGCUAGAGCAGGAGACAAUGAGACACGUGGCAGAGCAGCUGCUCUCGUCGCAAUCCCAGCUCUUUCUGGAGUAUAA